AUGGCAUCCCUUGGCAACUUGGCAACUUGCCAACGAGAUGCCCCAACUCAAUGUGGCAGUGACGGCAAAUAUCUACGGCGGCUGUACGUGAAACUUCCACUGCGACAUGAUUGCUAUGCUGGCUGCUGCCAACGACCCGGCCGUGGUGGCGGAAGCCUCGGCGCUCUUCCACGCUGCAUUUCCGCCCCGGCAUCACUCUCGGCCAACUUGCGCUCGGUCGUGUACAGCAUCCGCGUGCGCACAUCGUCCAAGCCCAACGCUGCGUUUGCGCACCUCCUCCAGGCGUACGAAACCAGCGACUUUAUCGAUGAAAAGCUGCAUGUGCUGGGCGCGCUGGGCCGGUUUCCAUCUGUGAAGCUCAAGACACGUUCGUUGGAGUGGGCCGUGGCGGGAGGUGUCCGCAGCCAGAACAUCCACAGCGUGUUCGGCAGUGUCGCAGCCGACAGAUCGACUGUCGCAUCGGAGUAUGUGCAAGCCAAUUGGGACGCUUUGAGCGCACAGUAUUCGCAGAUCGUCGUGGGGCGCAUCCUGUGUGUGCCCAUCGCAAACUUCCAGACGGAACAAGCCGUCACGGCGGUCGAAGUGUUCUUGGUCGGCCGCCCCAAGUUCCUUGAAAACAUCCGCACAGGGGCUGCCAUGUACGCCCGUGAUGUGACACCGUUGGCGGCGUGGAUCCAAACGCUGUGA